CGCGUAAAUUUGCCAGCUCGACCUAACACUAGUGGCGGUCGGACAAGAAGCUCAUGGUAGACAUUAUAAGAUUCCAACCCUGGGAGUGUACCAUAUACUUAUUUAGUGCACGGAUUCGGCAGGCCAGAAGUAUGUGGCCACUUUCGGAACAGGUCAGCCAGAUGAUCGAUUGGGGCAGUCAUUAGUCCAAUCGCGGUUUCGAAAGGAGGCUUGUCAGGAGCAGAAGGGUGGGAGCGCGACGGCACAAACUCAUUGUGGCAGAGGUAAGUUGUGCUGCCUCAUUGCGCGGAAUGGGGCACUAUCCCCUGCUGAUGUGGACGCUUAGCUCGCCCCGGCCCUUGAGCACGGAACGCACGCGACUGUAUCUGAUCAUCCUGCUGGCGGUCCGGCCGUACUGGGUCGUCGAGAUCUAUGCCAAUUUUGCCUUUUUCAACCGGGGUCAGGCCUUGUUCACCACCACUCGGCCACUCGAGCCGCUGUUCCGGGACCCUUGGUGGAUCUUCACCACCUGCUUUCUCGUGUACAUCAUCCAGCGGGCUUAUGGGUGUUCGCUGGUGCAGCUGAUCCGCAUCAGCCCACGUUUCGGCGUCAUGCUCCUGUUCAUGGUGAUUUCCGUCGUGUUUGCGGUGGUGGACAUGUGUGCGAUCCGGGUCGAGCAUCGCCUAGGCUACCCCCCGGGGAUAGAGCCGUUCUGGAAGUUGGCGUUCGUUUUCAAGUGCCUGCACCAUCAUGUUGGACGACUUCCGGAGCGCUCUGAUCGACUGCGCUAUCACUAUCACCCGGACGGUGUGCCACCGCAGGAGGCGACGCACGCUCGCGGUCAGAGCACAAACCGGCUUGUGGACUGUGUGCCCGAGGCAUUUAUUGAACGGCCCAAUCCAAGUCAUACCCCGUAUAAUGUAGACAAGAUCAAGUGGCUAGGACUGAUCUUCCAAACCCUCAGAACGGACAAUGCCCCCCUGAAACUCAAUGGACAAACUCGGGUGGUCGAGUAUCACAGAGCCUUGUACCCCUGA